UGGGAAUGAUCUUCACACUUCUAGGGUAGCGGAUUUACUUACCUAAACAACGUCCUGGUGCUCUCCUGAGCAAGAUGAAGGUUCAUAUUUUUGCAGUUUUGUCUUCGGUCAGCGUUGCAGCUGGCCUCCAGCUCUCCUCUGGUCAUUCUAGUAACCCUCUCCCAAGUACUUCUACAGCACCAAGAACUCCUACUGCACAAAUUCAUCGAAGCGGUUCUUCCACCUCAGCACCACCGGUUAUUUUUGCAGCACACCCAGUAGUCACACAUAGAACUACUGCUUCUCAAGCAUCUCCAACAACAGCGACAUAUUUGCACGGAAGUUCUUCUCCCGAUCAAGGAUGUCCCGGAUAUCAACACAUAGUCAGCCCUCCCUAUCCGCACUCUUAUCAAGCGUCUACUGUUGUCCAAGCUCCUCGAGGCGUUCGAUGUAGAAGUUGCCCUCCGGCUCCAUCGCAAGAUCAGGCACCACUUCUGCUGUCAGGAACAAGGGAGCAUGCAACCCCCUUGACACCUCGACUACAGCCGCAACAUCACUUUUCGGCCAGCGGACCACGUCAACAGCUGCAAGUUUUUGCUUCUAUUAAGGGUACAAGAAAUCCAUCUUCACUCACUGUCAUCUUGGUCCCGUUUCUAAAGGGAGAAGGAGACCCAAGAUGCUGCUGAGGAUGGAUCUCCAUCAGUUCUAAUUCUAGUGUACAACAGCCACCUAGUGUCGGACCACGUCAACAGCAAGUUUUUGCUUCUAGUGUACAACAGCCAGCUAGUGUACAGCCAGCGGCGUCUAGUGCGACGGUAGAUGAUGUGCAAAUACUUCUAUCUGGUCAACGACCAAGAAGAUUGCAACAGGUCGUUGAUGACCAAACACACCAUGACCAAACACACCUGGAAGAGGAGGAUGAGUGUCUUUUUUGUCUCGAAAAGAUCGAACAAGAAGAAGAACACCACAGGCACAGGAACCACAAUUUUGCGCGAGCAGGAGGAGCACGAGGACGACCAGCAUCUUUAUUAUUCCAUUAAGGCUAGUAGACCGCUGGAGCUGGUAAAGCAUAAGCAUCCUCGUAAUCGCUGUGGCUCUUGUAUUUCUACUUUUCUACUUAAGGCCCCCAACAAGGAUGAUCCACCUCUGGGGGAUGGGCCACGGCCAACGUGGCAGCUCUAAUUCCAUUGUCCUCACUGUGGCGCGACUGCUCAUCGUGAGUGUCUUCUUCCUUGGCUCGUGCCUGCGAUAUCAACGAAGACAACUGCAGACUUUUCUCACGAUGUACACCAUACUCCAGGUGGAACGAGUAUAUCAGGACUGUCGUUGGGUAACACUGGCCGAAACUUCGAAAGCUCACAUCGCUGUCCGAGGUGUACUAGAGCAGAAAUAUUACCUGUGGCUGGAAGAAGCCACUUUCAUUCGUGUGGUAAGAACGGUAAUGCUGUUCUUGGUACAACACCCAUUAAGAUGUUGAAUAAAGAAGACGAGUCAUUGUUUCUCGAUGUUCUUAACCUAGGAACUGAAUUGCUCAGUGGUGCGGAGAAAGCAGCAGUGUCGGAUAUGUCCAGACUCGGUGCUGCUUAUAGUGCCUUUCGCCGUGCUGCGAUCUGGUGGCGAGAAAAACUACAACCUUUGUUCGAGGAAACGAAGACAACGAUACAAAAGGAGGAAGAGGAGAAGUUGAAAGAGGUCCUCGUAGAGAUGAAUGGGGGAUCUUCCUUGUUAGUAGAACAAGAAACAUCUUCAUCAACACCGAGAUCGGCAACGCUUUUUAUACGAAGUAGAUUGCUGUUGCCCGGUGGCAACUAUUCUCCAGCGUCUCUGGUCGGUGGUGUGCCUCAUUUCGCUUCCUCGUCAACAGGAGCACAACAUCAAUCGAACUAUCUACUACAACCUCCACCUGUAGGGAAUGUUCAAGCUGCGGCACCAGCACCACAGAAUCGAUUCCCUUCACCUGUUUCGUAUUGCGGCACUACCACAACCAACAUCAAUGACAAUUUAGUAACCAGUCCCAACAUGAUGAAUGACAUCAAUUUAGUAAGAACCAGUCAAGAAGUUCUACUUUCCCGAACACUGCUUGUCACCGAAGGCAAGACGCGUACUAAGGUUGCAUCACGUUUGGAAAUUGGACCUGACGUCUUUGCGCGGUUGGCUUCGAAGUGUAGGUCUGAGAUCGAUCGCGCUUCGAGGACGCGAGGGCUACCAUGCAAAAAUCUAUUUCAAUUCAUGGCUGACAAUAUUGAGUCUCCUGAACAGCAAGAGGAAGCAGAAGAGGAGGUGAUCAUGAGCAGUUGUGAUUUAAUUCCGUUUGUAGAUCAAGCGACUGCACAGUCACUCUAGUUGAGAUUAUUCUUUGAGAAUGCCCUUUCUCCAAACAGGUAUAUUUUGUUCAAAGAAACUUCUACCAUGAUCCGACUAUGAUCUCCUUUUAGCAUUUCGACAGCUGCUUGUCUUUCAUUUUCCUCAUACUAGGUUCAUGCCGGUCUCAGUCGUUCAGAGAUGUUGGAUAUUUUUCUAGGACCUGACGUUGCAGACAAAUUACCAGAAGUUUCGGAUGGCACACUUGCAGAGCAGUCGAUAGCGCGCUCUUUCGAUGCCAUCCUUCGAAGAUUAAGGCUUACCUUAAUUUAUCUUAGAAGGCAUCUUCAACGUGCUUUCAAGGGAAAUGAAAAUACUAGAAAGGUGCAUUCGAAGAUAAAUUUGGUUACUUAAGCUCUAAGAAGAGUCUACGGGUUUUCGCUACUCGAAGCUGCGAGUCCAGACCUGCGUUCCCAGGUGACAGCAAGCUUGCAGACAAUACUAGAAGAACAGGAAAAGAAACCAAAACUUCAGACUGCAUCAGCUGCUCUUCAGGGUUUUUGUGGGAGUGGAGUUCUCUACUCAGCUGUUUCUGCAUAUCAUGGUCAUGGAGGAGCUGUAAAAGUAAAUCCACCUACUAAUUCUUCAUCUGUACUAACAGGAACAACAUCAAGAAGUAGCGCCUGCGCAUGUCGUUCAUCUUUUCCUCACCACCAUCAGGAACACGUCCAGCUCCAGGUAGAGCAACUAUGUCAAAAACAACUACAAAAGAUAGAAAAACGAGUUGGAAUAGCACUAGUGGAGCAGAAGAUGCGAUUAGUUAAGGCUCCCCCUAGUCCAUCUCUAUAGACAUGCCUCAAGCAUAUGCGCCCCAAUUCAAGGGAGAAGAUACUGACGCAUAUGCUUGAGGGAUUCCGCAGGGAAGAUGAAUAGGGGAGCGGUCUAAAGUAGAACUUGCGGAAAAAUGGCUUAUUCACGCGCCUGCUUGGAGAAAAUAUGUGGAAAAUGGUGGCAGAGUAGGCAACAAUGAGCAGUCAAAACUGCCGACGAAAAUCGAAGACCGAUCGAAAGUGUGGAUGUUAAGACCCGAGAUGUGAAUGUUUGUAUAUUAUUCAAAACUCGAGUGUGGAAGAUGUUAAGACUCGAGAUGUGAAUACAAAAAGUACUCGAAAAGUGAAAAUAAGGGAGUAGUUGCUAAACUUUAUAUGAAAUGUGUGGAUCCACCUCAUCUUCUAUACUGUGUCAAAAAAUCAAAUUUUUUUCGAGUUCGCCUACAAGAAAAAUACAUCUUGGGUUGCUGGCGUAAGGUGGGGCUUUUCUGUGCGUUAAUAAAGGAAAUAGAAGACGAGUCAUUGCGUAAUUUAGUGUGGCUACUCUAAGUAGUUACUCGCUUAUUUCAGUUUAUUUUAUCGAUUAUAAGCCAUUCGAAACUAAACUGAGACUGUAGUUCUUCAGAGAUGACGCUCGUCUUUUCUUUAUGACUUCUCAUCUAAUAAUCAUAGCAUUCUCAAUGGCUGCGAGGAUGUCACGAGAAAAGCUUGCAAAAAUAAUGAAAAAACAUAACCUGAGAGUCGCCCAAGGCAAAGGUGAACAGAAGGUGGAAAUUAUGAAAACGGAUAGAACUUUUAGCAUUGCACUCGUGGUGACGACUACGAGAAAUUAAUCUUCGAGAAAAUCUCUUGCUCUAGUUUGCAAACUGUACGCAAGAGUUAGUACUUCUAGUACUCUGGUAAUUAUACAUAGUAUACAGUACAUCCAAACCCAGAGUGAUGGUUGUUACAACCCCGAUAUCCAUAUCUUCACGGCUACCCAUUUUUGCUAAGUUCCACCAUCAAGCAUUCUCGUCCAAGACAAAAGAAGCACUACCACUAGCAGAAGACAGUGACGAGAAACAAAUCUCGGUUAAGGGUACCGCUGGAGCAUCCUCAGCGUCAUCCUUGGCCUCUUUUUCAAGAGGAAAAAGGGCCCAGGGAUGGACUCAGGGACGCGGCGCGGUAGCUCUAACUCGGAGAUUACCGGAAGGGGCGACUCCUCACCGAAUUUCGAAGAGCGACCUCAAGCGAGACAGAAGAAAAUUAGUGUGAAGAGAAAGAAGAAGAAAAAAUCACUCUGCCAUCUCAUCCGCGAAAUGCUCUGCAGCUACCAGUAGCUUAAUAUGCUGGAAAAUGAAGGUCCGUAAAAAUAGAAUUAUAUAUAGGUUUAGUUCUUCUUCUCGUUCUUGAAGUCGAGCUCGAGCUAAUUUGACGAGUUGUACCUGUUAAUUCAUGAGUGGUUUGCCUUAUCUGUUCGUCUUGUUUUCACGACUGUUGAUUCUUGCUUCAAUGUAGAAUUUCAUUUAUAUACAUCAUGCAGCUAGUUCCAGUUUCUAUUUCUUUUCAACAGAGAAGAUCGAUCCAUAUCACGGCAGUUUUCUAUGUUUACAUUAAAAGGUUGAGCUUGAGAAUAUAGAUCUUCAUAGUGGUGCUGAGUGAGGUUGUUCCUGAAGUAGCUUGCUACUUUCUGAUGUGCUGGAUCUGCGAAAGCGAAUUUACAUCUUUAACAUCGUGAUAACUAACGUUGGUCCUGAAUUAUCGGCGCCUAAUAUGUUCCAGUGGUUUCAAAAACUCCAAAGACCUGAAUCACGUCAAGUUCAUUUGAGACGACUGAGAAAGAACAGAACAAGAUCUUCCGAAACUUUUUUUCCAAAAUAAAUUGAUUUAAAUCAGUCCCUCAGUGAAUCAAUCUCGUGAUCAACAACCAAUUGUGAUUUUGCACAACUCGAUCCCAAUGAAAUGUGAG